UCUCAAAACCAAAACACACAAAAACAAGAAAAAACCAAACUUCAUUUUUAAAAUCAUGGACGUCGUGAGACCAACGGUGGAGAUUCCACCGCGAAAGCUUCUUUUGUCUUCCAAGUCCUUCCCGGCGGAAUCUUCCCCUCGUUCUUCGCCGCGUAAACAUAACUGGAACAAGAGCAACAAGCUUACAUCUGAGCAUGAAGAAGACAGCUUCAACGAAGACAACAACAACAACAAGGAGGUGAAAGAGUAUUGUUAUGAUUCGGACACAGAUGAUCCUUACGCAAGCGAUCAUUUCCGGAUGUUUGAAUUCAAGAUCCGACGUUGCACCCGUAGCCGAAGCCACGAUUGGACUGACUGUCCUUUCGCUCAUCCCGGAGAGAAAGCUCGCCGUCGUGAUCCUCGUCGGUUUCAAUACUCCGGUGAGGUUUGUCCCGAGUUUCGUCGUGGUGGUGAUUGUAGCCGUGGAGAUGACUGUGAGUUUGCUCAUGGUGUCUUCGAGUGUUGGCUCCAUCCUAUUCGUUACCGUACUGAAGCUUGUAAAGACGGUAAACACUGUAAACGAAAAGUAUGUUUCUUUGCUCAUUCGCCACGUCAGCUUAGGGUUCUUCCUCCGGAAAAUGUUUCCGGCGGUUCAGCGUCGGCGUCUCCUGCGAAGAAUCCUUGUUGUUUGUUUUGUAGCAGCUCUCCGACGAGCACUCUUUUGGGUAAUUUGUCUCAUCUUUCUCGAUCUCCAUCUCUGUCUCCACCAAUGUCUCCUGCUCAUAAAGCCGCUGCUUUUUCGCGGCUGAGGGAUCGCGCCGCUUCUGCCGUUUCCGCUGCUGCAGCCCGUGGUUCGGUUAACUAUAAAGACGUUUUAAGCGAGCUAGUGAAUUCGUUGGAUUCCAUUAGCCUAGCGGAAGCGCUGCAGGCGAGUUCCUCUUCACCGGUUACAACGCCAGUUUCUGCGGCCGCUGCGGCGUUUGCGUCUUCCUGCGGUUUGAGCAAUCAGCGUAUUCAUCUCCAGCAGCAACAGCAACAGAGUAGCCCUUUACAGUUUGCUCUUUCGCCUUCCACUCCAAGUUACCUAACAAACUCGCCUCGGGGAAACAUUUUCGGCGAUGAUUUCACUCCUCGCCAGAGACAAAUGAACGAUUUCACGGCGGUGGUUAGGGAGAAGACUAGCUUUGAUGAUGGUUCUUGUGGUGACCCUGAUCUUGGAUGGGUGAAUGAUCUCUUGACUUGAUAGGUUGACGGUGGAGAUCUUGAUCUUGGGAGUGGAUCUGACUGAGAAAUGUAAAUUUCGGUUGAGGAGUUAAAUUGCAUUCAUGAAUCGGUGCGUACCGGUUUUGUCAAUGCAUGCAGAGAUUGUUGUUCAAAUUUGUUUUGAAAAUUUUAUUGUUUUACGAAUUUCCACGGAAGCUAAUUAGGGACGAGGUGUCUUGUGUAUUGUCUUUUAUUUCUUAGAAUUCUAUCUCUUUUUUGUUGGAUCUUUUUACCAAAUAAUAUGUUGAAUCUGUAAUAUCUUUUGGAUUCGGAUUGUGCAAUG